AUGGUGCUAGCGGCCAUCACGGAGAGGACAAGAUGCAUAAUGAUUCCCAACCUCGCCGGGAGCAAAAUCGAUUGGGCAGAGCUUCGACGUCGGGUGCCGAGCAGCAUCUGGCUCUUCGAAGACUCCUGCGACACCAUCACAUACACUGCAGACUCAGAUGUGUCUGUGAUCUCAUUCUAUGCGUCGCACAUCAUCACCGCAGGCGGUUUAGGCGGCUGCGUGAUGUUCAACAACGAGGAGCUGAAACGGAAAGCUCUGAUGUUCCGAGAUUGGGGCCGGAUCGGAAACAACUCGGAGGACAUGUCGGAGAGGUUUGGCCACCACGUCGACGGCAUUGAAUACGACUUCAAGUUCCUCUACGGCUGCAUAGGCUGGAACAUGAAGGCUUCAGAGAUGAACGCCGCCUUUGGGCUGGCUCAGCUGGACAAGCUGGACCGAUUCAAGGCCAUCCGGCGGCGGAACAUCGCCAGAUACUGCCAGAAUCUCGCGAAGGCAGGAACGCGUUAUGUUCUGCCAGACCGGCCUGACGACUACGAUUGGCUGGCCAUGCCCCUGCUGUAUCACGACCGCAAGGGCGUGCUGCGGUACCUGGAGAGUAACGACGUGCAGAUCCGUGUUUUCUUUGCAGGAAACAUCACACGGCAUCCUGCCUAUCGGCACUAUCUCCAAGCCUUCGAGGGGGCAGAUCAGGUCAUGAAGGAAGGCUUCCUCAUUGGGGCCCACCACGGGCUGGAGCUCAGCGACGUGGAUCGCGUUUGCGCCCUUCUUGUUGAGUAUGACAAAAAGGGUGGCGCUGCUGUGGAGCCACUGAACAAAGCCACGCCUGCGGAGGACAGAGAGAGACUCGGUGAGCCUGGACUUGUGAAAGCUGUGCGGGUCCGGGUGAGCGGAGCGGCAGAGCGUGGACGUCGCCAGGGCCCAGGCGAGGGCGACGCCGAGCUGGGCUGCGCGUCCGCGCGCUGCGCGGAUGUCGAGGCCCUCAAGGCACUUCUUCCGCGCGCCAGCCUUCGCAACGCGCCGUUGUGGAAGGACCGAGGCUUCUCCAACAGCACGAAGGAGGCCAAGGAGAAGCUCAACCGAGAUCCCAGCAACCUGCAGCUGGUCUUCGAACUGGCGAACUCCUAUGCAGAGGACCUCCAGUGGAAGCAAUGCUUUAAUGUGAUAAGCCGCGGCCGUCAUCGAGUGGCAGAGAUGCAGGACGAGCGGUCCAGACUGCUAUUUGCGACGCUGUACGUGGAGGCGGCGAUCCAGUGCAAGGAGUUGGGUCAGGCACUAGACAUCCUCACAGAAGCGGGAGAGCCUCGUGCAGCUGAGCACCUCAGGCUGCAUCUUGUCAGCCUCUGCAACGUGCAUGCGUUGCGCAACGAAAGGGGCCUAGCCCUCAAGGCAUUCCACCGUGCUGUUGCAGACGCCGGCUUCGAUGAAGCACUGGGAGCACUGGCUACGCUGCACGAGAGCUUGCGAAAGACUGACGGAUUCGAGGCCGCACGGCAAGUUGUGCAAAGCAUGGCCGAGGGGCCGGAAGACAGGAUGAAGAUGCAAGCUCUCGACAACCUCCAGUGCGAAACGCUCCAAAGAGACGCCGAACAAAACGAGAGGAACAGCAGCGGGCGGUGCGACGCCUGCUCCCGAAUGCUUCUCCAGCGCUGGCGGAGCCUCAGGGCAUCUCUCGCAAUGUUCUGGAGCAUGCUGCACAACCUUCUGAAGGACGAGCGCUUGGUUUCCGCACCCCCUUUGCCACAGCAAAGGGGUGUGAAAGC